AUGGCGAUCCGAAAUGUCAAUUUCAACAUGAAUGAAUUGGCGAAGCGUGCGGCUGAGUCCGUUGGCUCGACGCUCACCCAAUGCGCCCGUGUCGAAAAGUUCCCCGACGGGAUGUUCAAUAAGGCGUUUCUUUUCACAAUGCAAGACGGUACACAGGUGGUUGGUAAAGUCCCCAACCCUAACGCGGGGCGGGCUCAUUAUACCACCGCUCGCGAAGUGGCAACCAUGGAUUUUGUCAGAAAUCAUCUAGGUACUCCGGUACCCAGAGUGCUUGAUUGGAGCUCCAAGGCAAACGAGAAUCCCGUGGGCGCGGAAUACAUCAUCAUGGAGAUGGUCACCGGCGUCCAACUUAAGACGAUCUGGCCCCGUUUAGACAUUAGGGAGAGAUUUGAAGUCGCAAAAUCAAUCUCAAAGUAUUCAAAAGCCUGGAUGUCCACACCAUUCACCCAAUACGGGAGUCUAUACUACUCAUCCGAUCUGGAUCAUACCGAUCCAUGCGUGCUCACUCAAGAGGAUGGAUGUAAACACACAAUGCAUCGCUUUGCUGUCGGUCCGUCAACAGGUCGAGAGUUUCUUGAUGAUGGACGGAUCGCAUUGGAAUUCGAUCGAGGCCCAUGGAACAGCGUUGAACAAUACAAGUUAGCAGUUGGACGCCGCGAGAUCGCCUGUGUACAGAACAUGGCUCAACUACCCCAAUCGCCUCUGUCGUUAUAUGGUCCCGGCAUAUAUAACCCCUCUCGUUCGAAAAAGAUUGCCGCUCUCCACAACUACCUCCGUGUAGUCAAGUAUCUUCUACCCUUGGAAAAAUCAAUAUCAUCUGCUUUCCUGUGGCAUCCCGACCUCCACCGUGAGAAUAUUUUUGUACAUCCUGAACGGCCAACAGAAGUACGGGGAAUUAUCGAUUGGCAGUCGAGUGAAAUCUUGCCACUUUUUGAUCAUGCCCGUCAGCCAUACUUUCUUGAUUAUGAUGGUCCAUCUAUGACCGGCUUGGAUCCGCCCGUAUUUCCGGAAAACUUUGAUCAACUUGAUCCCGCCGAGCAAGCGGCAGCUCAGAGUCUGUAUCUGAAAAUGUCACUCAGUGCUUUAUAUCGACGGUUCACAUGUGCGAAUAACGAAAAACUAUUCCGAGCCAUGGAAUUUCGACAGACCCCCAGUUUUGAGAUGAUGUUGUUUGCUCAGAAUAUCCUUGUUGAUGGAGAGGCGCUCUACCAAUCCAGGAUGCUCGAGUUAGAAGAUGAAUGGUCAACUCUACCGGGCGUCCAGGCUGCUGGGAACCCACCGAUUCCGUUCCAUUUUUCCGCUGGCGAGGCUGAUGCAAUCGAGGAGGAUGCCGCUGGCGCCCUAAAGGCCAUGGAAUUAAUGCAAAGUUUAAGACAGUCGUUAGGUAACUUGUGGCCCGAGAAAGGGGUAGUCUCACCUGGCCAUUAUGACGAAGUGAGAACACUUCUGGACCAAGCUAAGGCCGAGAUCGUUGGUCAACUCGCCCGCUCCGAAGAGGAAAAGAUUGCAUGGGAAAAGUCAUGGCCAUAUCAUGGAUAG